AUGUGUGGCAUAUUUGCUUGUCAUUGUCACCCUGAUGUGAAGCAGUUCAAGCCGACUGCGUUGCGCAUGGCGAAAGCCUUGCGCCAUCGUGGUCCUGACUGGAGUGGAAACUUCGUUUCCAACAACACAAACUCCGGGGCUCAGCCUCUUGUUAACGAUGAUGAGACAUUGGCGCUGGCAGUCAAUGGCGAGAUAUACAAUCAUCGAAUCAUCAGAAAGGGUCUAAAGACCCCUUACAACUUCAAGACACAUUCUGACUGCGAAGUUGUCAUCCCAUUAUAUAUGGAACAUGGCGUUGAUGCGCCCAAGUUCCUUGACGGUAUGUUCUCCUGGGUGCUCUUCGACAAGAAGGAGGACCGAGUAGUAGCUGCCAGAGACCCGAUCGGAAUCACAAGUUUCUAUCAGGGAUGGUCUUCAAAGACCCCCGGUGCGGUUUACUUUGCUUCUGAGCUCAAGUCUCUCCACCCUGUCUGUGAUAAGAUCAUAUCCUUCCCUCCAGGCCAUGUCUAUGACUCCAAGACAGAUACCAUGACCCGGUACUUCCAGCCCAAGUGGUGGGACCCAACCAACGUUCCAUCGGCUCCCGUAGACUACAAGUUGAUCCGUGAGGGCCUCGAGAAGGCCGUGAGGAAACGGCUGAUGGCCGAAGUCCCGUAUGGAGUAUUGCUCUCUGGCGGCCUUGAUUCUAGCUUGGUCGCUUCGAUCGCCCAGCGCGAGACGCUGAGGAUGCAGGCCGCGCAAAAGGAGCAGCAGAAGAGCGCAGCAAACGGCACGGGAGCUGACGCCGGCUUGGUUGGAAUCGACGACACCAACGAGAUCUCCACCGUCACCACCCUCCCGCAAUUGAACUCCUUCUCCAUCGGUCUUCCCAACGCCCCAGACACCAAGGCCGCCAUCGAGGUCGCCGAGUUCCUCGGAACCAAGCACCACGCCCUCACCUUCACCAUCGAAGACGGCCUCAACGCUCUGUCCGAUGUCAUCUACCAUCUCGAGUCAUACGACGUGACCACCAUCCGUGCCUCGACACCCAUGUACCUCCUCAGCAGGAAGAUCAAGGGUCUAGGCGUGAAGAUGGUGCUCAGCGGAGAAGGCAGUGACGAGAUCUUCGGUGGGUACCUGUACUUCCAUGCCGCCCCCGACAAGGCCGCCUUCCACACCGAGACCGUCCGACGAGUCAAGAACCUCCAUCUCGCAGACUGUCUGCGCGCAAACAAAUCCACCUCUGCAUGGGGUGUCGAAGCCCGCGUUCCCUUCCUGGACAAGCAGUUCCUCGAGGAUGCCAUGGGCAUUGACCCUGCCGAGAAGAUGAUCAACAAGGAGAGGACCGAGAAGUAUAUCCUGCGCAAGGCAUUCGAUACCACCGAUGAGCCAGACACGAAGCCAUAUCUUCCCGAGAAGUACCUGUGGCGCCAGAAGGAGCAGUUCAGCGACGGGGUCGGGUACGGCUGGAUCGAUGCGCUCAAGGACAACGCCGAGCUCCAUGUCACCGACGAGAUGAUGAAGAACCCCAAGCCAGAAUGGGGAGACGACAUCCCUGACUCCAAGGAGGCAUACUGGUACCGCAUGAUGUUCGACGAGCACUUCCCUCCAUACUGUGCAUCCACCGUCAUGAGGUGGACUCCCACAUGGUCCAAACAGACUGACCCCAGCGGACGGGCCAUCUCUACCCACGUUGCCAAGUAUGAGUGA